UCCGGAAACUCGCCAUUUGUCGUAAAAUUUCACUUUGAGGAAGUGUGUUUUUCUUUUGCCAAACGGGUUUUCUGGGCAAAGUUACAUUAAGAACGUAAGGAAAACAAACGAAACAACUGCGUUUAAUUUAUGGUUUGACCAGAAAUUUUAUAGUAGUUACAUCAUUUUUGAUGGAUCAUCAUCUUUCUCCAAAAAUAAUGCAAACUCAUUAAUUUUUCUACUUUCGGCUCUACAAAACUGUAAAUAAGCAGCACAAAAAAUGAGUUCAGGGAGAAGAAGAACGACUGACAGGCAUUAUUCAGCUGAAGAACAAGCCUUGGAUCAGAUUUCUAAAGAGGCUGAAGAAAGAAUACAAGCACGGCGGCAAGCUCGGGCAGAAGCAAGAGAAAUACGACUUAAAGAAAUAGAGAGACAACAAAAGGAGGAGGAGGAUAAACAAAAGGCACAGUCACAAGGUUCAGACGCUAAGAGUGUGUCCAGUUUUUCUGGCUCUAGACGGGGCAGCAAUGAAUCUACAGAGUCCGAUGUUUCCUCGAAGGACAGCAGGGAUCCCAAGGAUCAGGUCCGACAAUUUAAGAAUCAAUUACGAGAAUUGGAGGAGAAGUACAAGGCGGCUAUGGUGACAAAUGCUCAACUAGAUAAUACAAAAACAAGUCAAGUGUUCCAAUUAGAACUGCUGAAAGAACAGUUAGAAGAACAAGAAGAAGGCAUGAUAGAAGUACAGAGAGAGUAUAAAGAUAAAUGUAGAGAAUAUGACCUUUUAAAAAGGGAUCAUGAAAGUUUAAAAUUAGAAUUUGAUGGAAUCAAGCAACAAAUAGAAAUUAAAGAUAAAUUAUUAAAGGAAAGUGGUUUAGUCAUUGUUACUACAGACGAAGGCGAGUUUUCCCUCACAAAGUGUUCCAACAUGUCUGAUGUGCCUAUACCAGAGCUGGGUUCUUCCAUUAUUUCAGAAGAGGCUGCUGACUUGCUUAAGAAAGCAGGAGAAGGAACUUUAGGUAAUGCUGAAGUGAAAGCUGAGUCUGUAAAUAAGAAAACUGAUAAUAUUGAAUCUGUUGUAGAGAAUAAGGUAAAUAAGGGUUCGUCUUUAGUGGAUGUUGAUGUUGAGGUUAAUAGAAAAGGUAGUGGCUCUGAAGACAUUCAUGUUGUGGAUGGUCUUGAUAAAGGGAAACUGUCUAACAAUACAGAGGAUACAGAAGAUGUGAACAAUAAUGCAGAAAACAAUGAUAAUCUUAUUACUGGUAAAGACACUUCCGUGGAAGGAAAUGUUGAUUUUGUUACAGAAGAAUCAAAACCUGAAAAUGUAAUUGUAAAAGAUGAUGUGAGAGAUAAUAGGAAAGAAGAUAAAUGUUCUGAGUCAGAUGAGAAUGAGGUUUUUUAUGAGAGUAAGAGUGAGGUGUCCCCUACAGGGUGUGUAGAUGUAAGGGGUGCUGGUGAGCAAGAGGUAGGGAAUGAGAUAGCAGAUUUAGAAAGCCCACAAAAUAAUCAGGUAGAAAUGAAAGUUGAAAGUGAAGAAAAGGAAGAUAUUGUAUUAGAAGGGAAUAAGAGUAAAGAUGUAAAUGCUGAGGGUCAAUUGUCUGAAUCAGAGUUUAUUGAGGAAAAGGGAAAUGAUUUAGAAGGGAAAGAGGUUGUAGACAUUGGGGCUACAGAAGGUAAAUUAUCUGUAUCUGAAAGCUUAGACAUAAAACCAAAAUCAGGGAGUGUGAGUAGUUUAAAAAAAUUAGUGUAUUGUGCGAGUGGUAUAAGUCUUGAAAGUGAUGUUACAUAUCACAGUGAAUCAGAUGAUGAAUUUGUUGAAGAGACUGAAGUAAAACAGGUAAAUGAUGGGUCAGAUAUUGAGAAUAUUGAUGUAGAUUUUGAAGACGAAAAAGUAUUGAUGAGGGAUAAAGAUAAAUUUUUCAUCCCAACCACUGAACCACUUAAAGAAGAAUUUAAGGUAGAUGAAUCAGUAAAUGUAGCUUUAGGAGGUAAUGUAAAAUUUGGAUUAGAUAAUGAGGAAAUUUGUACUUCUAAUGAUAGUGUAGAUGUCAAACCUGGUGCUGAUUUAGAAACAAAAGUAGAUGUAGAUAAACCUGUAGUUGGAAAUACCGAUAGUUCUAAAUCACCUAAGUUAGAUGUUGUGUCUGAAGUAGAUCACAAGGUUAAUGACCCAAAGGCAGAAGUCUGUACUUCUCUAUUCCACAAUGAUGAGGUGUUUAUGUCAUUACCUACAGGUCAGAUUGGUAACGAGCAGAGUAUGAUUGAAUUUGCAAAAAAUUAUGUCACUGAUAUAGUCCUAAAGUCCGUAGAUUUGUACAAUAAGGAGGUAAAAGAAGAGAAAAUUAUGGUAAGACAGCAAUCUUGCACUUCAGCUAAUAUUGAUAUAUCUAUUCCCAAAAGGCACUAUUCUGAGGAGUUGGUUGAUACAGCAUCUGCUGUCAUGCCUAGAAAGUUGUCUUCAGGUGGCUCUGUUGAAAUUCUGAGUCCGUUAGUUCAUUUACAAUCUGAAAAAAGUGGUGACUUGAAAUUUUUUUCAUACAAAGUAGAUACAGAUGCUGAUGUUGUUUUGACUUCCAUAGAGGAAGAGAAGAAUCCCCUGGAAGGUAUGGUUACAAUAGAUGGCAUGCCAUCUCCCAUAUCUGGUUUUGGUAUUUGCUACUCUGGUGUCAAAGGUCAUUCAGAUAUAGACUCUGACAGUGACGAUAGCGAUGAUGAAACUGAAGACCUAGGGGCAGAAAUGGGACCAGGAAUUGAUUUCAUUUCAAUGCCGGUAGCUACCGAUAAUGUAAAGGAUGAUUCUAAAGAUAUUCAGAAAAAUGAGAGUGAUGGAGAAGGCAGUAAAGUAGGCAAUAAUGUAGAAACCACAGAUGUUUCAACUGAAGUAAAUGUUCCUUCUGUUGAUAAAUCAGAUGAAUGUGUAGAUACAAGUAUAGGUAAUACAAAGACAGAAGUAGAUAGUGAACAGAGUAAGGAUGUAGAUAAGUUACAAGAUGAUUUAGUAAAUGAUUCAAAUCAGCUUGACAAUGAAGAUGUAGAAAAGGUUAAUGAGGGAGGUGAGAAUUUAAGUAGUUUUUAUAAAGGGAUUGAAUCUGAAGUAAGCAAAAUGGGGGGAGGAGGUAAUGGUGAUGAAGUCACUGAUAAUGUGACUGAUUUGGAGGAAAAUUCAUCUUCAAAGUUGGAUGGGGAUAUAAAUGUAAUACCUAUUGAGGGGGCAACAGGGGGUGAUAAAGAUGAAGAAUUGCAUUCUGGGGCAAAUGUAUCAAAGUCUGUCGACAGUUCACCGGAGGCAGGGUCAAGGUUAUCAGGGGAAAUAUCUCCAAAUGAAGAAAGUGGUCAUAGCGUUGAUUCAAACUCAGGCAAGGCUAAAAAGAAGGGAUCAAAAAAGAGGGGGUCAAAGAAAAAUUCUAAAGAAGAAUGCCUAAUCAGUUAGAAUAAAAUAUAAACGGCCUACAAUUUAAAUUUUUUUUACAUUUUAAAUAAUUUUUAAUGUUUCACACAUUUAAGGAAAUCUUUUAAAGUUUUGUUUCAGCUUUUAAUCUGUAUUGAAAUUGUAUUUUUUUUUAAGUAGUAAAAUUCUGUUUGUUUCUUAAUGUUAAGUUUAUGCAAAUAUUUAACAAUUGUUACUGUUAAAUCUACAAAAAUGUGGGUUUUUGGAUACAUUUUAUUGCAAGUGUGUGAUAUGUAUGUUGGUGCUAAUGUAUUAUGUGAAAAAGCAAAUCUUUGCCAAUAUCUUAUUUAAAUGGUCAAUAUAUUUUUUUCAUGGUCAAUAUUUUCAGGGUCAAUAUUCUAUUUCCAUAGCCAAUAUUUAUUUUCAUGAUCAAUAUUUUACUUGAUGGUCAAUCAUUUUUCGUGCUACUAAGUUGGGUAGUUUAAUUUGGAUAAGAGAUUUUGGGACCAUUGUUCAAGACAGAAAGUUAAUACAAGCUGUUUGCUAUCAGUUUCUCUACUUGUAGUAGGGUUUGUUAGCGAACAGCAUGGAUCCUGAUCAGACUGCCCGGAUGCUGGUCGCAAACGCUCUAUGUUGGUUUUGUCAUUGCACGGCUAAUAUAUAGUCUGAUUUCAUUUACCUUUCAAUUAAGAAUACAUUAUAGUACUAAUUUAAGUAUUUGGUCUCACUUCGACUUGCCCGUGUAAUGUACAAGAAUUAAUAUCGAAUAACUAAUGUUUUAAAAAUUAAAUUAGCUUAAUAGCCUUUACAAAAUACCUUAAAUAAUGUUUAAAUUAUAAAUAAGAAAAAAAACAUGGACAUAUGAGGUCUCAUACUCUCACAACACAUCACAAAUGUUUUUUUUUACCUUAAUGCGCAUUAACGCUCAGUAUAAAUUCGCAGACAUAAGUUGAAUUUAAAUACAUCAUACUGCGUACAUCUCACGAUAUUGACCUAAAUGUUAUCGAAAAAUUAAUGUGCUGUGUGCAUUGACUGUAUAAUCAGUAUGCAAUUGACAGGUUAGUAAAAGCAAACAAUAAUAACACUGUAGGAACAGUUUUAGAGAUUGUUUUUCAAAAUUCCAUCAAUUAUUAUUACUAUAUGUAUAGUAUAUGUAAGUAAAGUGUUAUUUUUAGAUUGUAGGAAUAUGUGCUAUUUUUAGAUUGCAUAUGUAGCGCUCUUAUUAGAUUUUAAGUUUGGUGCUUGUUUUAAGUCACAGCUUACAUGAUG